UUUUUUUCCUAUUCAAUUGGCUUUGAAGAUGAUCUCUCUUCCUACCAAAUCAGACUCGUUGCCUUAGUUUUCUUACGCUUGCUCUUCGAUCAUCUACUCUAAGCAAGCUUACCUCGUUCGAAUUCGCCGUCGGAAAGAAUAAUUAGAAGGAACGAUCGAUUUGCUUUCCUGUUCUUCGCUUCAAUUUGCUUCGAUUUAACCAUAAACCACCAUCAUCAUUUCUCUCAAAUCAUUUACACAUACAGUCUUUUAGGUGACCUUCAAUGAAUUCAAACGGAAGGCCAAAUGGCCAGGGAGGUGGUGGAAGAGGAGGAGCAGCGGGUUACAACAACAACAAUCGAAGACAAGUCUAUCCGGCUGCUGCGCAAAAUGGAAGAUCACAAGCACCACGCGAUCCCCUUCGCAACACCUCAAACGGCUACGAUCAACCAUCAUACAAUCAACCAGCUUCAGGAUUCCGUGGCCCUCCUCCUCAACCUCCUCGUGCAUUACCUACAGGCGCUGUCACCAUGGAUAAUUCAAAUCCAUUCUAUCAUGUGGCAGAUGGUAAUCCAAGUUAUGCUAGCGGUUUCAUCACCCAUGGCAUUGAAGGCAAUCACUCUACAUACGAACUUGAAGAUGAUCAAAAAGUACCUCUCAAUCAAUCUACAGAAAAGUUUGGAAAUUAUCCUCCCAUGUCUGCUUACGGUCGCAAUGGCUCAAGCGAUGAAGGAGCAUAUCCAAUGAUGCCUGUACCAUAUGGAAUGCAUGGAAUGCAUAACGCUUCCACUGCUUUUGCCGGAAGUGAACUUGGACCAGAUGAUAGUGCAAGUCAAGUUGCAUGGAUGAAAAGACAACAAGCUCCAAAGAGAGGUUUGACACGUAAAGUCAAAUUGACCCGAGGAAAUUGGGUGGUUGAACAUCAUGUUCCAACGGCAGUUCGCAAUAGUGUUGAACCUAAAUGGUUAAAUGGAUCACGCACAAACGAAUUCUCGCAUAUGCGCUAUACUGCAGCUACCUGCGAUCCCGAUGAGUUCACACCCGAUAAUGGCUGGACAUUGCGCACAACAUCGCAAUAUCAGCGUGACACAGAAUUAUUGAUCGCAAUCACUUACUAUAACGAAGACCGUACCUUACUUGCACGUACAUUACACGGUGUUAUGCUCAACAUUCGUGACAUCUGCAAGAGUAAAGCUUCUAAAUUCUGGAAAAGAAGUGCAGAAGAAGGUCGACCUGGUUGGCAAAGAAUCGUCGUUUCUCUUGUCUUUGAUGGUAUCGACCCUUGUGAUAAGGAAGUAUUGGACCUCUUGGCAACUGUCGGUGUUUAUCAAGAUGGUGUGAUGAAAAGAAAGGUUGACGGAAAAGAAACUAUUGCUCACAUUUUUGAAUAUACCACCCAACUUUCCGUUACUCCUUCGCCGGAAUUGGUCCAACCACAUGGAGAGGAUCCCAACAAUCUCGUGCCCGUUCAAAUGAUCUUCGUUUUGAAGCAAAAGAAUAGCAAAAAGAUUAACAGUCAUCGUUGGUUGUUCAACGCACUCGGUCGUCAAUUGCAGCCUGAAGUAUGCAUCUUGAUCGAUGCCGGAACCAAGCCAGGACACAAGAGUCUCUACUACCUUUGGGAAGCUUUUUACAACAAUGCAAACCUCGGAGGUGCUUGUGGUGAAAUUCAUGCUAUGAUCAAAAGUGGUCGUAAGUUGAUCAAUCCAUUGGUUGCAGCACAAAAUUUUGAAUACAAGAUGUCCAACAUUCUCGAUAAGCCACUCGAAUCAGCAUUUGGAUAUGUGAGCGUUUUGCCUGGUGCAUUUAGUGCUUACCGUUUCAGAGCUAUUCAAGGACGUCCAUUAGGUCAAUAUUUCCACGGUGAUCAUACGCUUGCUGAACGAUUGGGCAAGAAGGGUUUGCAUGGAAUGGGUAUCUUUGAAAAGAACAUGUUCUUGGCAGAAGAUCGUAUCUUGUGUUUCGAAUUGGUGGCCAAAGCUGGAGACAAAUGGACAUUGACAUAUGUCAAGCCUUCCAAAGGUGAAACUGAUGUACCUGAAGGAGCAGCCGAAUUGAUUUCACAACGCAGAAGAUGGCUUAACGGUAGUUUCGCCGCUUCAAUCUAUUCUUUGGUCCACUUUUUCCGUAUCUACAAAUCUGAUCACAACAUCCUUCGUUUAUUCUUCUUCCACAUUCAAGCGGUAUACAAUGCGUUCAGUUUACUCUUCUCUUGGUUCGCCUUGGCAAAUUUAUGGCUCACAUUUAGCAUCAUUAUCAACUUUUUGCCUACAGAAUUGUUGAAAGGGCAGCCGACUUUAUUAAUCGUUUUCCAUUGGAUCAAUUCUGCGUGCAAGUGGAUCUACAUUUUCUUCAUCGUCUUACAAUUCGUCCUCGCUCUCGGUAAUCGACCUAAGGGAGAGAAAGCAACGUAUAUAGCAAGCUUUAUCGUAUUUGCUUGUCUGGGUGCUUAUCUCACAACCGUCGCAAUUGUUUUAACGAUCAAAGGUAUCGAAGCGGCAGAAAACAGUCCGGGAGACUUUUAUGAAAAGUUUUUUGCACAUCGAGAAACAAGUGUGCUUUUAGCCGCUCUCGCAGCAACUUUUGGUAUUUAUAUGCUGGCUUCAAUCUUGUAUGCCGAUCCUUGGCAUAUGUUUACCAGUUUCCCGCAGUACCUCUUGAUUGCUCCUUCUUUCAUCAAUAUCCUCAACGUGUACGCAUUUUGCAAUUUGCACGAUGUUUCUUGGGGUACGAAGGGAAGCGAUAAAGCAGAUGCAUUACCUACCGUUGAUACCAAGAAAGACAAGCCUGGUCAAGAAGCAGGAACGGUAGAAGAAAUUGAACGAGAACAAGCGGAUAUCGAUGCAACGUUCAAACAAGUUGUCAGUCGUGCGAUUGCACCUGUUGUACGUACAGAGGUUAUUGAAAAGCCAACGAUGGAUGAUGGAAAUCGAACGUUCCGAACACGUUUGGUUGCAUUUUGGUUAUUGACAAAUGGAAUUUUGAUCGUUUUGAUCGAGAAUGUGAACGGAUAUAGCGGUGAUGAAACGCAACAACAAAUCCAAGAAGUUCAGAGUAACAAACAAUCCAUCUAUUUUGCCGUUAUCCUUUGGUCUACGUUUGGAUUGACUGCAUUCAGAUUUGUUGGAUGUUUGUACUUUUGGAUUGGACGUCAACUUGGCCGUUUGUGGCGCAAAGAUCGAUCAUGGUAAUCAUAUCUGUUUCUAUAUACACAUACUCUCUCUCUCUCCCUCUUAUCUUUCACAGUAGAAUCUUUUUCCCAUAUAUGUACCUAUAAUCACUCUUAGCUUUGGACAAUUGAUUCGUAUCUAUAA